AUGACAGAUAUAGAACCAUAUGUUGAUCCAAUAAUAUCUUUAAUCCAAGAUCCUAAUCUAAAUAAAGACAAAUUUAAGUCUUCACAACUAAUACAUCUAAUUCAUGAGAUAUCCGAGAGAAGAAUAAACAAACUAUGUUCAACAUCAUUUAAAAUACUACAAACAUUGGAAAAUAUUCAAUUAAAAUUCAAAAGUUGGGAAUUUUUAUCAUUAGAUUUUAAUUCAGAUAAUCAUUUUCACAAUAAUAAUAAUGAUGAUAAAAUUAAGGACUUUAACGCCGGUAUUGCUAAUAAAGUAAUGAUUGCUUGUACGGAGAUUAAUGUCAAAAUUGCCAAAAUCUCCUCAGAUAUUGAUAUUAUAAGUAAAAAUUCAAAGACUUUGGCACCAAGGGAUUUAAUGAGUGAUGCAGGAACAAUGUUGACAUCUUUACUACUACGAAUUAUCAAAUUGAAAAAUGAUGUUGUUGAACAACUCAGUAUUGCUUAUUCAAAAAGUAAAUUGAUUCUUAUUGGAGAGGAAUUGGAGAUGUGGGAAGAUGAAAAUACCGUUACUUAUUACAAGACAUUUAUAUCAGCUUUACUACAGCAAUUGAAUGAUGCUAUUGAACAAGGUGAUUUUGAUGCUAAAUAUGAAUGUUUGGCUGUUAUCAAUGAUUUAGAACAAAUGUUUGAGAAAUUUAGAGUGGAAAAAUUGAUUGAUGAAUCAUUAGAAGAAAGUAGACUUGUGGAACAACAACACCAAAAACAAAAAGAAGAAGAAACUAAACUACAGAGACAAUUCCAAUAUGAGGAUGAGGAUGAUGAUGUACAUAUUGAUUCAGAAUCGGAUUUCUUUGGUACUAAGAAUGAUUCUCCUCCAGAAGAUUCAUUUUCUGAAUAUUCUGCUUUUUCAUCCUUAUCACCACAAGUACCAAUGGUUCGUUCAAUUACUGGUCAUAAAGAUCAUGACUCAGUUUCCAAUUAUCAAGGUACAAUCACUGACGAAUUACCAUAUUUAAUGACAGCAUUUAGCUCAGCAAAGAAUUUUGAAAUGGAUGUUAAUAAUUAUAAAAUUGAAGAAGAAAAAGAAAAUAAUCUUUCCAAAUCUCAUAAAAGAUCAAUUGCUAAACAACAACAAUCAGAAUCUCAAGGACAACAAACCCAAUUUAAGAAACCAUUUUUCCCAAAGACUAAUUUACCUGAUGCUUCACUUUACUCCGAGAGUAAUGUUAUUCAUCCACCAUUAUAUUCAAGUUCAAUUUUAAGAACAUUCGGUAUAAAACCACAAGUUAUUAAUGUACCUGAAGAAUCAGUUACUGGAGAGAAGAAAAAGAUUAAAAAACACAAUAAACCAUUGUUACUUACAGAAGAAAAUGUUUCUCAUCUAGACUUUAUAGAUUAG